CCACACGAGUGUCAAUUCGGUGCUUGUGUGCUUAUUGGCUCUGAUUAGGGUCAAGAUGUUCCCGGCUAGGGCGGCGCGAUACACCCCUCACCUUCGCGCCAGCUUCGUCGAGAUCUCCAACUACUUCCGCGGCAGACAGAUCGGCCGGGCUUCGGGGUUGCAGGCUCACAGCUUUCCUGUUCGGCAAUUCCAUGGCUCUCGUUCCCUACACGACCUGGCGUCUGAGACGGUAACGCCCUCGCAGCAUCUGGAAAGAUACAAGAACUCCGUGGAAUUCCUUCGACCGACGCAUCAUGACUUCGACAGCUUCGUCGCCGAGGCCUCCAGCGGCCAACAGGUCAUCCUCCAAGGGUACCUGGGUACUCGUCGAGAGCUUUCCAGCAAGCUUGCAUUCGUCCGCCUGACGGAGCCGACCAUGAAACGCAGCGUGCAGCUAGUCUCGACCCUCAAGGGCGGAGCGUUUUCCGAACUCAGGAAUAUGAGAGCAAACAGCCCGGUGGUUGUGCGCGGGACCGUCAAAGCCAAGGACGCAAGGAACGAGCAAAUGCGGAAGGAGGAUCCGUGGGAGAUUUCUGUGGAAGAGGUUCAGCUCCUGAACGAUUUCCCGAACGACAUCGUCAUGACCCGGGACCAUGUCCACCCACCGAAGCACCGGCACCUACAACUACGAUCUAGCGACGAGCUGCGCGAUGCUCUUCGGUUCCGCGCCGAUGUUCGCAAUGCCUGUCGCGAAGAGUUGGAACGGUGCCGACCGGGCUUCGUCGAGAUUGAGACACCCAUUUUGUUCAAGUCCACUCCGGAAGGAGCUCGCGAAUUCCUAGUACCAUCUCGGAAGCAGGGCCAUGCCUACGCUCUACCCCAAAGCCCGCAGCAGUACAAGCAGAUUCUUAUGGCCGGUGGAAUAGCGAGAUACUUCCAAUUCGCGCGCUGCUUCCGGGACGAAGACCUCCGCGCGGACAGACAGCCGGAGUUUACUCAGCUGGAUCUGGAGAUGUCUUUCGCCACUGGCGAGGAUGUCAUGGAGGCCGUUGAAGGUGUGAUCCGCCGUGUUUGGUCCACCCGGCAAGAAUUGCAGAGCCCCCCUUCAGACGCAUUCACCAGGAUGACAUACGAGGACGCCAUGGCCCGGUACGGAUCCGACAAGCCAGACACCCGAUACAGGAUGGAAAUCUCCCGCAUCGGCCACCUUCUUCCAGUUGACCUUGUCCAAAAGAUCACCCCCCUGACCGAUCCAACCGUCGAAGUACUCAAACUCGAAGGCAACGACAACGACCCAGCCGCCACCUCGCAGUUCAUCUCCCAAUUCCUUGACUCCGCCGACGGCGCGCCCUUCAACAACAACCCCGACGGCGGCCCAGGCAUCUUUGUCUACGACGUCAAGAAACCCCUCAACGGCCUGCAAGCCUUCGGCUUCGAAGCCGCCGAAUACCUCGAAGAAGUCCUCAACCCUGAGCACGGCGACCUCAUCGUCCUGCAAGCGCGACCCCAAGGCCCUCUAACCGGCGGCUCAACCCCACUCGGCAACCUGCGCCGCGCUCUGCACUCCGCAGCCGUGGCCUCGGGCUUCAAGCCCGCCCCAACGGGCUUCGAGUUCCUCUGGAUCGUCGACUUCCCUCUAUUCUCUCCCUCCACGACCUCCGAGCCCGGCCAAGGCGGUACCGCCGGCUUCGCCUCGACCCACCACCCCUUCACGGCGCCCAAGACCGCCGCGGACGUCGACCUCCUCCUCACGGACCCCACCCAAGCCAUCGCCGACCACUACGACCUGGUCGUCAACGGCGUCGAGCUCGGCGGCGGCAGCCGUCGUAUCCACAGCGCCGCCGUCCAGGAACUCAUCUUCCGCGACGUGCUGAAGAUGCCCGACGAGCGGGUCGCCGAUUUCGCCCACCUCCUCGAUGCCCUGCGGGCCGGCUGUCCGCCGCACGCGGGCUUCGCGUUGGGAUUCGAUCGUCUCGUCGCUAUGUUGCUGGGCAAGGAGACCGUUCGCGACGUCAUUGCGUUCCCCAAGAUCGGGAAGCUGGGCGAAGAUCCCAUGGUGGGUGCGCCGAGUCCGAUUAGUGAGGAGGCGGCGAGUUUGUAUGGUAUUUCGUUCAAGAAGUGAUACAGGCAUCGCCGCUUGAAUCUUGUAUAUCAUGACCGACCUAGGUGGGGUAUGUGGGGACGAGUGACGACUCUCUUCUCUUGUAGAUUCUGUGGAUGAAACCUGUGCUAUAUUAUAGAUCGCUUGAAAUAUAGCUAGCUACCUAUGCACCAUCUUACUUAGAAACGAUAGUUCACCUAGCAACAAACACACAAGAACGGCGAUUCAUUCAACUUCAACACAGACAUAUCUACACCAAAGAUGU